AUGGGUCAGACGCGGCAGGUCACUGUCGUACGAUACAUCGUGCAAGGCACCGUUGAGCAGGUAAGAGUUUCCGCGGCAACAUUACAGAUUAUGAAAGACUGA